AUGUCCGCCUACCCGUCUCUCGCCCCCUUCGUCGCCAAGCGGCCCUGGCUGCGCAGCUUCCUCAAGCCCGUCGCCAAUUGGUACGCCAACGCCGCCGGCUACCGACAGCUGGGACUCCGUGCCGAUGACCUGAUCACCGAGGAGUGCGAGGACACGCUCAAGGCCCUCAAGCGCCUCUCGCCCCAGGAGGCCUACGACCGCGUCUACCGCAUCCGCCGCGCCAUGCAGUGCUCCGUCUCACACCAGCUGCUGCCCCAGGAGCAGUGGACAAAGGCCGAGGAGGACGUCCCCUACCUCGUCCCCCUCAUCGAGCAGAUCAAGGCCGAGGCCAAGGAGAAGGAGGACCUCGACGCCCUGACCAUCGUCAAGAACCACUAA